AUGCAGAUAUCAAGACAAGACACUCAAUUCAUUAACUAUGUGAUUCUCUCUCUCCAUGUCUGGAGUUCUCAGUACGAGGUGAGAAACUGGCCACUGUACUACCUCUUUGUGGCAUCUGCCACUCUAGGAAAUGAAGUGUUCUACAUCUCCUUUCCGCCCUUCAUCCACUGGAACCUGGAUCCCUUCCUGUGCCGCCACAUGUGGGCUGUGGUGAUGUAUGUAGGAGAGAUGAUGAAGGAUAUGCUGAAGCUCCCUCGUCCCUCGUCGCCCCCUGUGGUGAAACUGGAACAUCGUAUCGAGUUUGACAUGCCUUCAACUCACGCCAUGGCUGCCACAGCCAUCACCUUCACAUUGUUGCUGAGUGCGCCGGAGAGAGUGAAGUUUCAGUUUGAGGUCGGUUUGGUCACAGCCAUGGUUCUUUCAGCCCUCGUGAGUCUCACUCGACUUUAUACUGGCAUGCACUCAGCACUGGAUGUGAUCUGUGGGACUCUCAUAUCCGCCCUCGUUCUGAUUGCGUCCUACCCACAAUGGGAAAGUUUGGACUUCUUCCAGCUCAACAGCCCACUGUCCCCUGCCAUCUCACUGGUUCUGCCAGUGAGAUGGCACUGACUACAGUGCCAUCCUGUGCACUCAUACUGUGCUACAAAUACCCGAGCUGAAGCACUACAGCGCUACGCGGGGGGACACCACUAUAAUUUUGGGCUGUAGUGCUGGAUGUUCUGUCAGUUACUGGCUCAAUCAGCGGCUCGGUGUGACUUUCGAACCCUCAGGGCCGUUCCCGGUGACCCUACCUCCCAUGACCCCAUUGAUCUUUACCCUUGGAGUUGUGCGGUCCUGCUUGGGGCUUUUGAUUCUGGUGCUGACCCAGCAGGUAAUGAAGUGGAUCACACUGAGGCUGCUGUGCUUACACUACGGUGUAGCACUUAAUGACAUUAGUGCUUGCAGGAGGAAAGAGAUCGAAGUGCCGUCAAAGUUCAGCAUGUAUAUGGCGAUCGGACUGGUCAACAGCGUGGUGGUGUGUCGGGUUUUCACACUGGUAGGGCUGCUGUGACUUUGCUAACGCUAAUGUUAUCACACUAUGGCAGCAUUGAAACAAGUGACCCCCACCCACCC